AUGGAAACUUCAUCAGACGUUGAAAUCGAGUCAGAAAGUGACCUCGAAACCAUAAAAGCUGAAGCAGAAGAAUUACGAGCAAAACUUGAAGAGUUAAGGAACCACCCAAAGCUCCUAUCUCCUCCAUCUCUGCCUACAAGCUCUCAAAUUAUAGACCAAGAAAUCGAUAAAUGCCAAGAGACAAUAGCUCAAAUCCAUCAAGAGCUCGUCAAGGAAAAAGUUACUUAUAGAAAGCUAUUCGUAGAAAAAGAAUACGUUCAAAGCACCAUAACUGAAGAGUAACUUAUAUUUAGUAGCUCAGAAGUCGCUCGGUUGUCUAAAAGAAUCAACGAGUUGUCAACUGAAAACCAAAGAUUAAUUGAAGCAAAAAUGAAUUCAGACAAAGAAGAAGCCCAACAAUCAUUAGAGCAGAUGAGAAAUAAAAACCCAAAGCUUUUUUUCUUAAUGUCAAAAACAAUGCAAGCUGAAGAAAAUAACCAAAACCUGAAAAUUGCUAUGGAAGAGCUGACAAGGUCAAGAAAUGACAUAAGAAUGGAAUAUUAUGAUGUGACCUCAAAACUUACAUUUGAGGACCAGUUAAAGUCAGGACAAAGGAAAAUGGAACAAGACAUUGAAAAUUAUGAGAAAAAAAAUAAAGAUUUAGAAGCCAAGCUAAAUCAAAGGAAAUUUCAGUUGAAAGACUUUGAAAGGCUGAAGGAUAGGCCGCAUGUUAAAAAAUAUUUAAGAAGAUUCCAAACGUUGGAAAAAGAGCAUCAAUAUUUUCAAGAAAAAAUCAGAGGAAUUUAUGAUGAUUUAGAUGAAUGCGAGCUAAAAAUGCUUGAAAAAACCAAAGGGCUCACAAAAAUGACAGAGACAGAAACAUGCAGAAGAUUAAGAGAAGAAAUAAAAUCAAUCGAAACACAAAUUAUUAAUAUGACCAAAGAAGAUAAAGAGAAGGAGAAACAGCUGAAAGAACUGAAAUUUAACUAUGAAGAAAUUGGGAAGCAAGUCACAGUAUUUAGCAGAUGUGUGACCCCUAUGAGUUUGUCUCAGCAAGAGCAAAAGCCGACAGUCGCGCAAGAAAAAGAGACAGGCUCACCUAAAAAGAAAAAAAUGAGCGAAGAACAAAAAAGGCAAAAAUUAGUAAUUUUGCUAGAAAAAGAAUUAAAAGAAGGACAGCCUGCUAAGGUCCUUAAAGAACUUAAAAAUUUUGGAAAGCCGAAUCAAGGCAUAGCAACAAAGAUUGUGGAAAUCAAUAGGGGUGAAUUUUUAACGCGCUACAAGCGAGAAAAGGCUGGACCAAGCUUAGGCUAA